CUUACUAUCCCAGUCGACGAGUAGUACUUCAUCAACGUCUUGCCUUUUUAUUAAAAAACAAUGAAACCUUCAGUGUGGUUAUAUUUCUUGACAGUUGUGAAAAUUGCGUUGUUCAUCGGUGGAGUGGCCGAAGCUUGGCGCGAUGACGAUAACAACGUCCAUUCGCUCCCCCUUGGCUCCGAAGCAUCGAUGCACUGGAGAGUCGAUCAUACCAGCGAGCAGAUCAUCACCGAGAUACAUUACGCAGCCGAGGAGUACUCUUGGUUCGCAAUUGGUUUCUCCGAUUACGGCGAUUACGCCCCGGCGGAUUAUUGCAUUUUAUGGCUCGAUUGGCAUCGCGAGACUCAUUUACAAGAUGCCUGGAGCGACGCCGAGGGCAAAAUACAUCUGGACGAGCGCAGCCAGGACUGCGAGAAUUUCGAGUGGAAGAAGCGCGCCAAUACGACCAAGUUCACGUUUACGAGAAAAUUCGACACUUGCGACGAGCACGAUUACGUUCUCGAGCGAGGAACGACUCACCUGGUCUGGCUAAAGGGAGCUGGACCGCUGGCCUCGCUCGCGGGCCUGAGCUUGCAGGACGCCAAGAGCCGAGGUAUGUCGCGCACCGAGCUGCUGCGCUGGCACAAGCCGAAACCCGCCUUCCCCAGCGACGCCUGGCGCUACGAGGUCAAGGCCGAUCGCGUCCAGGUGCCCAGCCAGGAGACGACCUACUGGUGCAGAGUCCAAAAGCUGCCCGCGACGCUUCGACGCAAACAUCACGUGCUGCAAUUCGGCCCGGCGAUCCAGUCGGGCAACGAGCACUUGGUCCACCACAUGGAGGUGUUCCACUGCGCGGGUCCGGCUGAGGCCGAGGUGCCCGACUGGGACGGGCCCUGCGACUCGCCCGCCCGGCCCGCCAAGACGCAGAUCUGCAAGAAGGUGCUGGCCGCCUGGGCCAUGGGCGCCGACGACUUCGUCUAUCCGCAGGAGGCCGGACUGCCCAUCGGCGGGCCCGGCUUCAAUCGCUACAUCAUGCUCGAGGUGCACUACAACAAUCCCGAGCUGCAGGCCGGAGCCGUCGACUCCUCGGGCAUCGGAUUCUGGUUCACGAGGCGUCUGAGGCGCUACGACGCCGGCGUCAUCGAGCUCGGCCUCGAGUACACCGAUAAGAUGGCCAUACCACCCGGUCAGGAGGCGUUCGAAUUGUCGGGCCACUGCAUCGCCGAGUGCACCGGGGUCGGACUCGGCCAAGCCGGGAUCAAGAUCUUUGGCUCGCAGCUGCACACCCACCUCACGGGCAGGCGCGUCCUGACGCGUCACGUGCGCGACGGCGAGGAGCUGCCCAUGCUCAAUUACGAUCGUCAUUACUCCACGCACUUUCAGGAGAUCCGACUGCUGCCGAGGCCCGUCACCGUAUUGCCCGGUGACUCUCUGAUAACGACCUGCACAUACGAGACCCUCGACCGCAAGAACGUGACCUUGGGCGGCUUCGCCAUAUCCGACGAGAUGUGCGUCAAUUACGUCCAUUACUAUCCCAACUCUCGGCUCGAGGUUUGCAAAAGCGCCAUAAGCGAUGACGCGCUUAGGACGUAUUUCCGCUACAUGCGCGAAUGGGAGAGCCAGGGAACGAGCGCCGAGAAAGGAACAUCCGACAAUUAUCGGAGCAUCGAGUGGACCAAAGUUCGGGUAUCAGCGCUUCACGAUCUUUACGAGGUCGCGCCUCUUGGCAUGCAGUGCAAUGGAUCGGACGGAUCGAGACUACCCGGACUCUGGGAUAACAUAGCUGCGACUCCGGUGCGGCUACCUCUGCCACCUGCUGCGCGCAGUUGUCCCGAAUCUCAAUAACGUGUAGGUGUCUGCUCUCCGACGCUCGAUAGAAAUGACGACAAAACGAGGAGGAAAGAAAUAAAGAAAAAAUGAAACGAACGUGCAAGUCUGGACUUGUUCGAAAUUGGCCAUUAUAUUAUGAAUGUAUUGUAUUUUCACGCGAGGUAUCUUUGCUGGAGCAGAGACGACGGCCGAUGCGAAAAUCCACAAUAAUAUUAUAAAAAACAAAAAUUAUAAACCAAAAUUGUUUAAAAGUAUUGUAAAAGUUACAAAUGCAUGAAAAUUAUCGUGCAACGUUCCUCUACUGGCGCUUAAUUAUAAAUUCCCACUCAAAUGGCUGAUAAGAAAAGUACAAUAUUUAAAAAAAAAAACAAUAAUCGAUAGCAAAUGAUGGGCAAACACAACGAGGCAAGUAAAAGUUUGAAAAAUUUUUCUCGUAUAUUUCCAGAAUUUUUUGUUAACUUUUUUUCUCUUAUAUUUCGAUUUCCGCAUAAUUUUUGGACGUCAAAAUAGUACAAGUUCGUCAUGAAAUAAAUAAAUUUUGUUAUCGCAUCAUUAAAUACAUAUAGAAUUUAACGUCGACUGAAUGACUACCAAAAACAGUUUCAAUAAGCAAAGCCAAAGCAUUUUAGUGCUUUUUCAAUGUAACAAAUAUUUUUUCUCCGAUUUCGCAGUAGACACAAUAAAUAAAUUGUUUAAUAAAAGUUAAUAAGUAUUAAAUAUUAUAAUAUAUAUCUAUAUCAUAUAAUCUAAUAAUAUUUGCAAUAGCGUUUAACUUUACAUGCUAUUAAAUGUAAUAAAAUAAUGUACAAAUAAAAAUAAGGUAUGUUAAUAUAAUAUAUAAGCAUUGCCUUUGACCGUCUGCAAGUCAUUAUUUAGCAAUAAGGACACAGCAGUUCAUCGUUCCGAUUCCACACAAUAUAGUAUAUAAUUAUAUAAAAAAUCAUUAAAAUUCAUACUGGUAUCGUACACGUUACAUAUAUAAAAACGUUUUCUUUUAAAUCAAUUAAAAAUUCGAAUCACAAGACAUCUUAUAUGCUAAAUGAAAUAUGCAGCCACACACACAAAAUUUAAAUGCUCAAAAGUUUUCCUUGCAGCAGGAAUAACGAAUUAUUUAUUCGUUAAUCUAAUGUAUAAGAUAAUAUAUAAUACAUAUGGUAUGAAGGCGGGUCAUUUACACGUUUUCUCAUUCAUACAUCAUUCUAAAUUUUCAUUUUUACUUGCUAAACAGAGUAUCGAAAGUUAAACUGGAUAUAAAAUGGGUUCUAUGAUUAAAAAACGAUUUUGAUCGCUAAAAUUGAUCGAACAUUGACUUCAAAUAUACUAGAAAUUGGUAGUAAUUGUUAUCUAAAAAAGUUCUCUUUCCGAUAUUCAUUAUAAUCUGUGAACUUCCUGAUCCAUGUACUUAUUUUUUUUUUUUUUUGGAAUGAAUUAUAGCUAAUUUUAUAUUAAGUCGAAAAUUCAUACUAUAAUCAAAUUUGUACAGCCAAUUCUCAUACAAACAAUAUGUGUUUGCAGAAACUCGUCGUGAUGCCUACACUACUCCGUAAAGACAAAUAAGAGAUCAACUUUCUCUUUGGCAUCAUGUUCUUUUUUUUUUUGCUUUUUUUUCAUCGUCUUUUGUAAGCUUUUCGGUGAACACGGAUAUUAUAUGUGAAAAUUAUUAUUAUUUUUUUAAUAUGCUUUAAUCAGGCACUUUUUUGUCUAUUCAAAGUUGAAUUAAUUUAUCUUCACUGCUUGCCGAUAAAAUUAUCAUUAUUGAGAACCUACAAGUUUAAGAAAAUCACGCGAUUACCAUGGAAGUACAAGAAUGCGUCUGCGAACGCUCCUUAGAAAAUGCCUCACUUGU